AUGCUUCGAUUUUUUCUGCAAAUAAAGACGUAUAUCUAUGAACGAUUAAUAAAGGGGUUUCAGGCAAAACAUUGCAAAGAUUAUGUCUUUUUAAUUGGUAUUUUGAUAGCAGUUUUAGCGCUAACAGUCCAAUGUCAUGAGGAAUGUCAACAAAAAGAUGGAAGUCAACUCGAGUGCCAGUUUGGAAAGUGCGUAGAUGGGAAAUGUGUAUGUGACGACUGCUGGGAAGGAACUGCUUGUGAAAUACUGAAAAAUGACCACGUUCCAACAUUUGACAGCCCAAUUCAACAUUUUAUGAACAAAAAUGGCCGCAUUGGAAAAAUAAACGCCUUUGACGCUGAUUGCAACAAUGGAAGAUGCCCUUGUGGAAGCGUGAGCUACAAAGCAAUUGGGGGUGACACGGGGGUUUUGGCAGUUGACGAGAAAACUGGAGAAGUAUCUAUAAUCGGAGACGCUGCACCCGGGGAGCAAAAACUGUUGGUCGAGGCAUACAAUGCUGCGCCGGCAGGAAACCCAAAACAUGGAAAUAAUGAACUCGGGAACAUCAUUGAAGUCAUUGUUGAGACACCUUACGAAUACGACGAAGACGAAAAACUCAAGAAUAAUGCUGGGCCAAAUUUUCUUGAAUUGGGAAACCAUGGCUAUGGAAGUGCCAAUGACGUGGAUGCAUUUGGAGGUUACGGAGACUUUGAUGCUGAAGAACUGCAUAGUCGCCACAAGAGAGCUGCGCCGUUUUAUGACAAUGUGACCUUAACUUUAUCCGUUGAGACACCAAAUGUAACAACUGUGUAUGUGGGCUCUGAAAUUUACUUCAAACUAACGGUUGGCCUACCAGUUGGUUUGACUGAUAUCAGUGUUGAGCUGUUCACACCCGACAAUGACACGACGGUGAUGGUACUGUGCGGCAUAACAGUGGGAGAUAUCGGAGCUAACAUUGCAGGCAGUGUGAAUCUUACAGCAAUCAAUGACAACAUAGUGAAGGAUGCUAGGGAUGAAACAAAGAAUUAUGACUGGGCAGUUUUAGAUCUGGGCACUAUUGAUAACGUAGGCACUGUUGAUACAUCAAAUCCUCAAGCCAAUGAGUUCACAGUGACAUGGAGUGUUAAGAUGAUUGACAAUAAUGAGACAGUUAAUGGUACCACAUACUGGGUCAGUGCGGGUGCUGAGUACGACAAUCAAUCCUACUGCUGGAUAGGGCAAGCCUCUUUCGAAGCUCUUAUUGAUGAUUUCAUAUCCAAUUAUCCUGUACCUCAACAUAACCUGACCGGCCCAGCAACCAUGGCAAUUGGAGAAUCUGCCAAAUUCACUCUUGAUUUGACAAUCGAGUAUCCAAGUACAUCUCUCGUAAUUGAUGUUUAUGCACCAUUGAAUACGACUGACACCAUGUCUGUGUGUUAUAUCGGGGUGAAGAGUGUUGGCUCAAACUAUGCCUGUUUAGAGUUUACGUCAAUCGAGCCAGUGCUUUAUCCCGAUGGAGUGCGAGGAAAUUCACGUGGCCAGCUGGAUUUGGGGAAAGUUACAAACCUUGGAUCUCGACUGGAUGUACCAGAUUCAAGUCAGUCCUUCAUCAAAAUUGAGAUAAUUGUCUACAUGUAUAAUAACCCUGACUUUGUUGGCACUACACAUAGUAUUGGAUUCGCAGUUGUAUAUGAUACAAUGAUAUGGGCUGCAUAUGCGGAUGUAACUGCAACUGCGCCUUCAACACCUGUGUCAGCGAGUGGCUCCUUACCUACGGUCAGCACAGCAGUGGCUGAAGGAAGCAGUAACAAUGUCAGCAUUGGAGAAGUUGCCUCUCUGGACUUUACUGUCUCAACUGCUAUGGACACCAACUUCAAUUAUAUACUAGACAUACUUACUCCAUACACUGCUAGCCAAGCAGUGUUCAAAAUCUGUCGUAUUGAUAUCGUAAGUAAUGGGGUGAAUGUUCCUUGUAUGCCUGACCCAGAAGUGCUACCAAUAUAUGAAGCUAGAGAUGAUCCAAGCAGUGCUACAUAUGAUAAGGCCACAUAUGACAUAGGCCACAUUUUGAAUACAGGUCUGAAAACACAAGCCGUUGAUCCCACAGCUAAUGACUUCACCUUCCGCUAUCAUGUCCAGGCUUUAAACCAUCCAUCAGCAACAGACGGUUCUGUACACCAAAUAUCCACAGGCCUUCGUGUUGGCACAGACACAAUGUCCGCAUCUCUUGACAACCUUUAUAUCACUGAUCAUUAUAACCCUGACCUUGAUAAUACGACCCAACCUGAAUUUUCUUUGGCUUUUCUGUUUGGUGGUGAUGCCAUUCACACAGGACAAACAUUCGUUGUUGAGCUGACAAUUAUCACCAAACGUGGAAUGUCAUAUAAACCCAUGGAAUUGGAGUUUAAUAUGCCAUUUGAGAAUAACUCUGCAGUGAUUACAAUCUGUGAUGUGAAAAUAACGGAUGUUGGUCUGAACCUGCCCUGUUUCAAUAAAGAUGAAAUUGUUCCUGUAUAUUCCUCAAAGGCUAACAAUACAGAGUAUGACAAAGUAAAACUUGACUUUAAUGCAUUAAACAAUAUCGGAUCCACAGAUGAUGAGCCUAAUGAUGAACUGGACACAGUUAAGGUGCAGAUUAGAGCAAAACUCACAGAAGCACAUGUAGCUGUUAGCAAUGGUUCCGAGCAUUGGUUUGCUUCUGGUGUGACGAUUACUGACACCCUUCUUUAUUGUGGUAUGAUAAGAGUUAUAGCUUUGGUCAAUGAGGAUGCACUUAUAGAUUCCGUUACUCAGGCGCCUGUCCUUGGUGUUGAUUUGGAUUUCCCUGAGACCAGCUCAUUGUAUGUGGGGCCUGAGGGAGGCAAUGGUGCUGUGUUAAAAGCACUCGUUAAGCCCUCAACCUAUACCGCCUCAAGAUAUGUCCUCACUGUUGAUGUGCCUGCCACGAUGACCAUCUGCCACAUGCGAAUCAUCAAAAAGGGAGACCAUGUAAAAUGUUUUGACGAAACCAAGACAUACAACAUAACAACUGAAGGGUCUUUGGAGGGACAGGUGACAACAGCUACAUACUAUCUCGGCCUUCUGACUAACACAGGUAACAUAACAGAUGCUGAUAACCCUGGUAACUAUAACUCCACCACAGAGGAUGAUGAUACACUGACUGUUGAGAUAAUUGUGAGGAUUGCUGCUAAACAACCCUCAGUUCCGGAUGGUUCAUUACUUACCACGACUGUUACUUUGAAAUACAAUGAGGAAGCAGAUCAAGUUGUAGAAACAUUUGACUUAACAGCAACCCACACACAACCUGCUAUGGCUGCAAACAGCACUCCAACAAGUACUAUUGACUUUGCGGCAGACACCAUGAACUUUGCUGGAGAUGAGUUUGCCCAAGGCCAAUCUGUGAUAUUCAACAUAGAUGUUACAUUACCAGAUUUUCAUGAGAACGAACUGAUUGUGAAACUCCUAACACCAGUGGACGUAACAGAUGCUAUGGAAGUGUGUAAUCUUGCUGUUGUUGAUGUAGGCCAGAAUCUGCUGUGUACACAUAAAGCAACAGCUGUGCCUGUGAAGACAAAAAGAUCUGGGUCUCUCUAUGAUGAUACCAUUGAGCUUAAUUUGGGGCCUGUGUUACAGUUUCCUGUUUACCCUAAUGAUGGAGCAGUCAAUACAUUACGUGUAGAAGGAACGAUGAAAGUCCUUAGAAGUGCAGUAGUUGGUGCAAAUCUUGUGGUAGGCCAGACUACUUGGGCGAAUUCCAAUGAAAUUUCCGUCAACACCGUGGUAGUCAAGGUCAAAGACAACUCUGACUUUACUGACAUUAACCCUUUUAAUGGUAAUUCCAGUGCUGCACCAAAUGUGACUGCCUCACCCAUAAUAGCAAGCCCAACUGAUAUAGUGGUGAUCCCUAUUGUGGUCUCUAUGCCUCCUAACAGUGCAAUAGCUGCAUACAUGGACAUGAAGAUGCCACUUGGUAGUGUAGGUGGCUCAGCUGUCAUGACAGUAGAGAGUGUUGAGAUAACGAAUGUUGGACGUAACUUGGGAUGUUUUGACAGUUUUAUUGGCGAUGACUGGCUUGACUGCAGUAAUACGACAACAUGCCAGAAUGUCAGCUGCGUAUUAGAUCUUGGCAUUAUUACAAACUCAGGUUUAACAUUGAGGACUGAGGAAUACAUGGCACAAGAUGAUGAGUUCACCGUUGAAGUGUCAUUAAAAAUGGCUGAUGCAGCUGAGGCUAAUGACGCCACACAAUGGGACGUGAGCUUUGGCCUAAAGAGCAACCAGACCAUCAUUGUAUUUGAUAAGGUGGUAGAAGUAUCUCUUACUGGUACAGAGGAACCUGUUAUGGUUAUGGCAGUUGACCUCAUUGAAACAGCUCCUGUUUUGACCCCAGCUAGCCCAUCGCUUAGUAUAAGUGUGAACAUUACUCAUGAUGAUGUAACUUCAAAUGCUGAGGGGGUCGAUUGUGCUUUGACCUUCUUUCCACCAUCUGCUUUGAUCUAUGGGGGAAUCACGACCCAAAAUUACACAGGCAGAAUCAUAGUGGAGUCACAAGGAGAUUAUUACAAUUCAUUUGAGUUCAGUUCCAUAUACUUCUGUGAUGAAAUCUACUUUGAGUUCACGUACACCCUGAACACUUCAUCCAUCUUUCCUCAAUGGGCCCAGGGUGCUGAAGGCCGUAUCCCCUAUGAGCUGUCGUGUAAGAAGAAUCUCCAUGGUGGCCUGGACAAUGACUACCCCACAUAUGGACCUUCAUUGGAGUUCAUUAUGAGUGGCUUAAAUGCAGGAGGCUGCGGUGUACUGGGUAUGGAUGACAGCAAUUUGAUAAAAGAUUCACAAAUUGCUGUUUCCGGAAGCAAAGAUGUUGCCCAUGGCAAAACUAUGUUACGACCUUCGAGUGGAGGGGCAUGGUGUGCCAAACCACGACAGGGCCCAGAUCAGCAGUUUAUUGUCAUAAACUUUGGUCAACGAGUCCGUGUGUUAAAGAUUGCCCUGCAGCAUGAAGCGGCUGUUAGUGCAAACCGUGUGACCCAAUAUAGCCUUGCAUACAGUGAUGAUGGACUUAUCUAUGAAGAUGGUGAAUCGAUUGUUCCAAAUCCACUAAGCUACACAACCUCUGAUGAUGCACUGUCAAGUCCUCAAGAAUACCGCUGGCUAAAGUUGAAAAUUGACAGCCAUGAUGGUGCGAAUGCCUACGAUGACAUCUGCUUCAGACUGGAGAUUUAUGGCUGCACAACUACUUCUGAUCCAAAUCCUAACCUUGAUGCCAAUGUCCUGACUUACUCUGCAGAUUUUGACAAACCAUCACGUUCCUUGCUCCAUGUUCCUUCAAUAACUACUGUCUUCUUCUGUGAUGUUAACCCUGGAUCUGGCAGGUCCAAAUGUUGGGGAUCAUCUGAUGGAAAUACAUGGACAGCCGUUGAUGAGCGUGUCCACUUCCUGUUGGGCUUCAACUCAGAUACUGGUUUCAUCUAUGGCAUCUCAAGAAACCACGGCUAUGGCUCUUACAUGAUGAGUGAAGACAGUGGCGCCAGCUGGAGUGUGAUCCCAAGUGAUAGGUUCAACACAGACAAGGCUACAAACUUCAAUAUUGGAUUGUCAAUAAAGGAUGAGUAUACCCCAACUUUUGGAGCAACUGGUGCUCCAGAUAACACAUUCAGGAGCCCUGAUGCUAGCGGCCAAUGGGGAGUUGAUUAUAAUGGAGUGUAUUUUGAGACCAGCCCAAAUGUGUGGAACAUGCGCGUUCGUUGGACAUCCUGUUGCACACCCUAGUUACCACGGCAACAAUGUUAAGAGCCACUUAUAAGCUAUUUACCAAACAAUCAAAUUAAACCUCAAGGAAUUGUUUAUACUAUGGUAUUAAAAGAUAUAACAUAUGGACAUAAUUUGCAAAAUACAAAACACAUUUAAGACGCACAAACAAAAGUGCAUAGAAUUCAGAUAUGGGAAAUAAUCUGAAGAUGCAAACAUCAAUUCAAAUAUUGGAUCUAGAAUCCUUAUUUUAACUUCUCGUUUGUUGUAGUAUCAUAAAUGUAAACUGUGAUAUUUUAAAUACCGUCCAUGUAAAUAUAGUAUUAUUACACAGAAAAUUAUAAAUUAAAAGUUAUUAUCCCACCCUAACGUGCAUUGAAAAAAUAACAGAAAUACUUUUUAAUACUCUGAUAGAGUUGUAUACAGUGAAAAUGACUACAGUAUAUACAAUUAUUAAUUUAUAUUACAUUGUUAAUAAAAUAAUAUAGUCAACAUAUUAUAUAACUGUAUAAAGCACUCAGGUUGGGAUAAUAGUGAAUUGAGAAUUUGCGAUGUUGAAGGGUCAACCUCAAAGAAUGAGGAGAAAGAAAACUAAUGGUUGAAGUCAGGAAAUACAAGCAAUGGAUGAAGGAGUGGGAAAUGAAAUUUCAACUGCAAAUGAAAAACAUUUUCAACAUUUUUAAUUAGAAAAUAACAUGUUAUGAUCUAGUUUUGGAUCACUUUGUUCAUAUUUAUUGAAGACAUAUAGUAGCCUGGACAGAUUACUUCAUUUACAAAUUUGAGACAAAAAUAAAUUGAGUUAUGUCAAAUAUUUCAAAAUUAUAAAUGUGUAAAAUUUAAAAUUUCAUAUAUAUUCCUAUAUCUUUUUGUUCUAGAAUCACAUUUACUCUACUAAUCUCUUUGAGAAAAAUAUUUAGACAAAGUGACCAAUAAAGUAAAAUGUCCAGGCUACUAUAUUAUUUAUAUAUAUUUAGCAUGUGUAAUGUUAACAGCUUAUUUUUCUAGAACUUGACCAGUAGUCCGUCCAUCAAGAAAUUUAAUUAUCCUGAUCGCCUUGAAAAGUUUUUUUUGUUACACAGUUAACAAAAUUUAAAGUUUUAAUAAUUAUUUAAUUUUUCUAUACAAUUCAAAUUAAAAUGCUAUUAUUACUAAAGUAAAAUGUUGAGAGACAGUACCAGAUUCUAUCAUUAAUGAAGUUUUGUUACAUGGCUCAAGGGCCAUCUAUUGAAAAUACUUUCAAAACAACACCCAUUUAUAAAUUAUUUCAAGAAGAUCAGUUUUUUUGGUAAUCUUAAAAUGAUAUGUAUUUACUGCUGAAUGAUCUUAUAUUGAAGUGAAGUGUUGUGUUUAAUUUUGCAAAUUUUAUCAUUAAUUCGCUUCAUAAAAUACGUAACCUAUAUUGCCAAAUUGUGCCAUAUUAACCGAUCCAGGAUGAAGCAUCCUCCCAACACAGGCCUCCAGAACUCAUACCCCAUUCUUUCAAGGAGGAAGGAACGUAGUGG